AUGCAGUCAAAAAAAGGCGAUCCUUUUGUACAUAUACAUAAUGUAGUUCCCCCUCCUCGAGGUCCCUACAAAAUAUAUCCCCUUCCACAUCAGGUACUGGUAUCCCAUUUUCCUUCCGGUAUAAAGUGAUUGUCCCAUCGCAUUCAUGUCCUGGAUUCCCUUAUUUCGUGUCCUGCAUAUCAAGUCCCCAGCUCCCCAGUAGGUAUUUAGUCCCAUCAUUUCUUCUUCUUCAACUGGGCCAAGUCCUCCUCAAGCGUCUGGACAUAGGUAUGUACGCGUUGAACCGAAGCUUGCAGACUCUAUCAAAUCACAAGAAUUAGCAACACAUUCCCAAAAUCCCGUUCGUAGUACGAGAUAUCCAUUCCACCAUCCCUCCAAAACCACAAUCAAUCCACAAUCGCAAGGAAAGAAGAAGCAAAAAAAGAAAACUCACAUAAAUAUCCUCCGUAAGCAACUCAUUAGAAACCCGAUACUCCUCAAGAACAUAAUAAUAAACCCCCGCCCCCGCCAACGUACUUCCCAAAAGGAAGCCAAAUAACCUACACCCCGCAAAUUAGCACAUCUUCCUCCCUGUCUCCAUCUCCAACACUUCACCCCCUCCCCAAACUAAACCCUCAAGACAGGAACAAAACUCACCCUCCCCUAAAAGCACCAACAGGUUUCCUAACCGGCAACGGCGUAGCCCCCUCACGCAAUAUCGUCGAGCUCUGGAAGCUUCGUAGCGGAGCGGAGCGUAGCUGGAGCGCCGUCGAGGGGCUGGCGAAUGCGCGCAUGCGCAGCGCCGGUGUUAGGAUGCGGGAUGCCAUGGUGGUAUUUUGUAUCGCUGAACAAGAUGAGGUGGUCAAUUGA